UUUUUUUUUAUUAUUAAUAAAUUUUGUUAUGUUUUCAAUAUUUCGUAAAACUGCUACUGAAGUAGCUGAAUCAAGCUUAAAAGCCUUAAAUAUGGACGGUCUUCGUGGCUGGCAAAAAGAAAUGCCCAUGGCAUCAUUCACGUCUGCUAAAGAUCUUGAUGCAUGGGCUAUUGGAUGUGACAAAGAUAUUGGUGGAUUUUCAGAAGCCCAUUUAGACUUCAACGAUGGUCAUGGCCGCUUCCAUGGUCAUUUAUCACUUGAUUUGCCUGCAGAGAAUAAAGAGAUUAAACAAAGUGGUUAUGCAGCCAUUCGAACUAAGGUCAAACCACAGACAUUAUUCGGUGUCCCUUGUUGGGAUACAACUCUCUUUAGAUAUUUGGCAUUACAUGUUAAAGGGGAUAAUCGAAAAUAUUUUGUCAACAUACAAACGGAUGGUGUUGUUAAAACAGACUUAUUUCAACAUCGACUCUUUUUACGUACACCAGGUCAAUGGGAGACUGUGAUGAUUCCAUUUAGGGAUUUUAUUUUAACAAAUAAUGGUAUCGUUCAAGAAGAUCAAAUUGAAAUGUAUAGAGAAAAAGUAAAAACAAUAGGAAUCUCAAUCAUGGAUCGUCAAGAAGGACCUUUUUCUUUAGAAAUUGAUUGGAUUAAAGCUAUGAAUACUGAAUUUACUGAAGGCGAUAUGGAUCGUUUGCCACCAUCAGCAGCUGCCGAAGAAUAAUUGCAUUGUAUAUUUGUAUUUCUAUAUGUUUUUUUUAAAAAAAAAAAAAAAAGAAAAAAGAAAAAUUGGCUUUUGUAAAAAAAAA